ACCACACCAACAGUCGACUGAUAUCUCAUGGGGAAAACAAACGAAUUCAUGAAACAUCAAGUACAUAGACCCCAAAAAACCUAGAUACCAAACAGUGCAUCAACUAGCUUAACACUGAAAUUUGGAAAUUAAGAUUUCACGAACAAUCACCGACAUCAAGAAAUUCCUCGCACCAACUAAAACUUAGAAUAAUCAUCUAACACAAUGUCGAACUCAGUUGAAGACAACAACUUCGAAAGCGGACUAAUUGAAGCGCUACAAACAUUACCAAAAGGUAUUGUUGAUUUGUUUUCAGCCUUGAAUAUCAUUCUCGCGACUUUCGCUUUCCUGGGUAACAUUCUUGUCAUCAUUGCUCUUUGCCGAGUAUUAUCCAUUGCUCCAUCGACGAAACUCUUUUUCCGAUGCCUGGCAGUCAGUGAUCUUUGUGUGGGCAUCAUCGUUCAACCGAUUUACAUCUAUGCCACAAUCGUUAUGUCGAGUGGGAAAACAGUGACAUUUUUCAAAGUUGGCGGUGUACUAAGCGCGGUUUUGUGCGGGGUAUCUGUCAUGACUUCAACUGCUGUAAGCGUGGACAGACUGUUAGCCCUGCAUUUGGGGAUAAGAUACAGACAUGUUGUAUCAUCAAAGCGAGUUCGCCUUGUUAUUGUCAGUUUUUGGGCCAGUUCGAUUUUAUCGGCACCACUUUGGGUGUGGAAAAGAGACAUUGCCUUUAAGCAAGCCUCUGUGGCGAUCCUAAUUUGUUUUGUGGCUUCAAUAGUCUCAUACGCCAAGAUUCAAUCGAAACUACGAAAACAUCAAGGGCAAAUUGAAAACCAUGUUACCGGAACAAAACCGAGCGGGGAAGGGAACUCAUUCGAUGUAGCCAAAUACAAAAAGACAGUGUCUAGCAUAGUGUUGAUGCAAUUGGCAUUAGUUUUCUGCUACCUGCCUUUUGGGGUUGUAUCUGGGAUUGGAAUAAACAACGGAGUAGAUUGGUUAGCUGCAAUAACAUUGCUUUACUUUAACUCAUCUCUAAAUCCGAUCCUCUACUGCUGGAGGAUAAGACAAGUGCGACAUGCAGUCAAGGACAUAUUCAAGCAGCUGUACUGUUGUUAAACAAAUGCGAGUCGAUGGGCGCAAAGAUAGAAACAGUGUGAAAUGGAAGAGGAUGGCAAAGAAGAAGACUUUAUGAUAGAAAUAGACAAGGAAGAAAGAGGAAAGAUUACUUCACAUAGAGA